AUGUACUCACUGCAACCCGAAUCUCGCUCUGCGAGCCCUGCGCGGUCCCUAUCGAGAGGUCAAGCAUGCGUCGCGUGCAGGCAGCGUAAGAUCAAGUGUGACGGUCAAAGGCCGAUCUGUGGUCAAUGCACGAAAGCGCGUCGACCUCAAGAAUGCCACUUCGAGGGCGUAACUCGCUCGCGCGUUCAAGUUCUCGAGGAGUCAAUCCAGGCCCUGGAGGCUCGCAUCAAAGAGUUGGAGGAAGAGGGCGAUAACGCCGGUCCCUCGUCGGUGCUCUUGCAUGCUCCUCACCCUCCUUCUAGUACCUCUGCGUCCUCUUCACCUCACUCGCCCGUGAGGUAUUUAGGCCAACAGCCUGUCUCUUCCGAGGUUUCCUCCAUCCUACGCAAUGUCUUCUUCCAGAAUAGAUCCGCUCUGCCCUGGUUCCUUCAUGAGGGUCGCAUCCAUCAGGCCUUUCAGCUACCGAUCGACGACGUUGGGCGCCCUAUAGCAGUAUUAGACACGGCGAUGCUCCUUUGGGGAAGUGUCUUCUACGCGCGGACGUCUCAGGUGCCUCCGCCUCAAGAAGUCGAACCUCAGCUGCUCUUGAGCCGAGCACAGAGCGAGGUAGGUCGAGCAUUGGUCGAUGCCUCGGCGCAACACAUCAUCCAAGCCAUCCAGGCUCAUGCCCUUUUGGCCGUAUACUUCUGCGAUACCUGUCUAUACAUCGAAAGUCGCGCUCACGUCGAUGCAGCCGCUGCCCUCGCAACGCGCGUAGGUCUGCACAAGAUCCGCGGCACGCCCGGAAGGGUCCCGUAUGGGGUUUUCAUGGACCCGGUGACGACCGUACUCCCCGAGCCGUUGGACGCCGUGGAGGAGGGUGAGCGUAUAAACGCAUUCUGGACAUCGUUUUGUUUAGACCGCAUCUACGCCGUCGUACUCGGUGUUCCCCCUCUCAUCAUAGACGCAGAGGAUGCGGAUAUGCAAGUCGACACACCCUGGCCCUUGGACAUGACUCUGUACGAACAGGGACAUAUGCCUCUCACGCUGCAGACCAGUGGCACCCUACGCAACUUCUUUGGCGGGGUCAGAAGCGGCUGGCCUUGGGAGGCUGGUAUGCUCUCCCAGCUGAGCAGGGCCAGUGCCCUCUUUGAGUGCGCUACCAGAAUCGCAGCUUCCUGGAGGCCCGAUCUUUCCAAUCCGACAGCCUACUACGCCAGAUCUCUAGCACUCGAUAAGCGACUAGACGAGUUCUCGGCCCAGCUACCGGCGCUCACACCCGGAAUCGCUGUUCAACUCUACCUUGCGCACAACCUUGCCCACGCUGGCAAGAUACAGCUUCACUCGGUCUUUGCACAGCAGAACCCCGACUCUCGCGCCAAAUGCUUGGCUGCGGCGCGCGCUAUUGCGAGCGUUGCCAUCACGGCCGACGCGCAGACCUUCGUCUUCAUAGACCCAGCGUUGGGGUCAAUUUGGGCCGCCGCAUGUAGGGUUCUCAUCCACGAAGUUGUCGCGGUUCGCAAUAACCUGCUCGCACCGCCAGUAGCUGGCAUGAAUGCCGAAGUCGCGCUUACUGCAGAUCUGGACGGUCUCCUCGCAUUCAUGGCGGCCCUGUCUGCGACGUCGGAAUCUAUGAAUUUCCAGUACUCUCGAAUUCAACAAGAGCGUUUACUGCUCGGAUGA